AUGUCAGGUCAAAAUGGGCUGUUGGCACGGCCAUCAUCAUCAUCCGGUUCAAGUGGUGGUAGUCCUAAUAUUAAUCCAUCUUCAGCUAAUAAUUUACCGACACGUGUGCAUGGGCAUGAUCACACGCGUCCAUUACCACCACCACGAUUGCCGGAAACAAUAUCGACAAUAGCACCAUUAACUGCACCUUUAACUCCUUUAUCAACAUCAAGUAGUUUUCGUACGAAUUCGCGGUUGCAAUCAAUAAAUACUGCUGGAACGACAACUAAUUCAAGUGAUAGCAAUACGCAACAUCUUCGCAAUGAUCGUACUCUUGGAGAAGUUACGUUGACAGUACCGAGACCUGAUGUUGAACGGAUUGUCAAUGAGUAUGUUGAAACACCAUUUCGACAGCCGACCAGUCAAAAAUGCCUAAAAAAUGAGAGGAGACAACAGCAUAAUCAAUUCCAUCAUCAUCGGCAUCAUCAUCAUCAUCAUCAGUCUACACCACAAAAUCAACAAAUACAAAUUCACCAACAGCAGCUGCAACAACAACGGCAACAAAAACAACAACGAUCACAACUUCAACAAUUGAGUAAUGAUCAACAAGUGCAACAACAACAUCAGCAGCAGCAGCAGCAGCAAAAACAACAGCAACAGCAACAACAAGUCGAACAAGAGUCAACAGAAACACGAUCUGCAAGACGUCUUCAAAAUCACUUACUUCAGUCGUCACCGGGUCAACCGAUUACCAAACAACCAGUAUCAUUUACGAAAGAACCAGCCACUACAGGAUCGGGAUCGUUAGGACGACCCAACGAUAGUAGCUUAUCUAUUAUGUGUGAUUAUUGUGGCAGGUGUAAAUGUGAAUCAUGUCGCGAACCACCACCAUUACCCAGUCGGUGGUUAUGUAAUAAUUCAUGUUUUUGUUCAGCAGAAACAGCUUUAGACUAUGCAUCAUGUUUAUGUUGUGUUAAAGGACUAUUCUAUCAUUGUGGUGAUGCUAAUGGUAGUGGUGAUUCAGAAGUUGGUGGUAGUUGUGCUGACGAGCCGUGUUCGUGCUCUGGAUCACGUAAAACAGCACGAUGGACAUGUCUAGCUGCAUUAACUAUGGUCUUACCAUGUCUAUUGUGUUAUUGGCCAUUGAAAGGAUGCGUAACAAUAUGUGAAGCUUGUUAUGCACGGCAUGCUGCACAAGGAUGUAAGUGUGAUCCUAUGGCAGUUGGUCGUUCAUUCGGUGGCCCGCCGGGUACGUUAAUAGUAUCAAGAGAUUCACGCGAUCCUGAGAAACGACUACUCGAUCCAGUUACACCAGAUUUAUAGUAAUAGCUGUAGUAG